AUGGGGGUGUUGCCUUCCCGUCGCCUCCGCGUCCCCUCCUCGUCGCCUUCCCCUCAACUCUCCAUCCCCUCCCCGUCGCCUUCCCGUCAAGUUUCCCCCCUCCCCAUCGCCUUCCCGUCGACUCCCCGUCUCCUCCCUGACGCCUCCCCAUCGCGUCCCCUCCCCGUCACCUUCCUUUCGCCUCCCCGUCCCCUCCUGGUCGCCUUCUUGUCGCCUCCGUACCGCAUCCCCUCCCCAUCGUCUCCCCUCCCCGUCAACUCCACGUCCCCUCCCCAUCGCCUUCCCAUCACCUCCGCGUCGUGUCCCCUCCCCGUCGCCUCCCCGCCGCGUCCCCUCCCCAUCGCCUCACCGUCGCUUCUCCUCCGUGUCACCAAUCCGUUGCCUCCCCGUUGCAUCCCCUCCGCGCCGCCUUCCCCUCGCCUCCCCUUCGCAUCCCCUUGCGGUCGCGUCCCCUCCCCGUCACCUCCCCGUCGCCUCCCCGUCAAAUCCCCUCCCCAUCGCUUUCCCGUUGCCUCCCCUUCCCCUCCUCGUCUCCAUUUUGUUGCCUCCCCGCCACAUCCUGCUGCCUUCCCAUCACGUCCCCCUUCCCGUCGCUUCCCAUCACCGCGUCCCCUACCCGUCGCCUUCCUGUCGCCACAUCAUCACCUCCCCUUCCCCUCCCCGUCUCCUUCCCAUCGCAUCCCCCCCACCUUGUUGGUGUAA